AAGCCCCUUCCAGCUGAUCCGUCCCUGAACAUCCAGUGCCUGCCUUCCCUGUGCUCACAGCUGCCCACAGAGGGACCAUGCCAGGCCUCUACACCCUCUUGUCCUGGGAGGCUCUGCCCCUGAAGAGCUCCACGGUGAAGGCUUGUGCCAACGGAUAUUCCCUGAGCAUCACUGCUCACCUCACGUACACCAACCCGCACAAGGAGCCUGUGGAAGGCAUCUUCAUCUACCCGCUGGAGGAGUCGGAGGUGGUGGCCGGCUUUGAGGCAGCAGUGGGCAGCCGGCGGGUGACAUUCCAGGUCCAGAACCGGCACCGGGUGCAGGACUGCUGCCUCCAGUGCAGCCUCAGCCCCGGCCGGCUGCGCUGCUGUGCCAGUGGCCACCUUGUCUUGGAUGAGGAUGUGGAGCGCUCCACCUUCAUCAUUGUCACUGGCACACUGUGCCCAUCGGAGAGCCUGGCUGUCACCCUGAACACAGUGCAGGAGCUGCCCACGCUGCCAGAUGGGGCCCUGCGCCUCCUCCUGCCCCCCAUCCUCACACCCCACGUCCCCACCGACCCCGAGAGCGAGCCGGCAAGCUUGUGUGACGACAGCCCCACCAGCUGUUUUGGGGCGCCAGGUGCCCGGAGCCAGUCACCCACUGUGGUACCUGUGGAGAGCGUGGAUAUCUUUCGGGGACGACCCUACAACCCUUUUCCUUACGAGUUCAACUUUGAGCUGCUGGUGAAGGGCCCCUGCUUGCUGGCAGGGCUGGAGAGCCCAUCACAUGCCCUGAGAGCUGACGCUGACCCCUGGGCCUGUUCUGCCACCACCACCUGUGUCACCCUUGCUGAGCCCCACCACUAUGACAGGGACCUGGAGAUCAUUCUCUACCCUUGUGAGCCCCACAGCCCCCACCUGGUGAUUGAGGAUGGCACCAUGACAUAUCCCGAGUAUGAGGCACACAUCCGGAGCCGCCGGGAUUACGCACGGAUUGCCAGGAAGGACAGCAGUGGCGACAGACAGGUAGCUUUCGUGCAGAAGCGUUUCCACAAAGACAUCUUCCCCAACCCCGUGCUGAUGCUGAACUUCUGCCCGGCUGUGGAGGGCGUCCCCGGGGACCUGCAGAACGUCACCCGUGAGAUCCUCUUCCUCAUUGACCGCAGCGACACCAUCAGUGGCCCUGACCUUGACAAGGAGGCUUUGCUGGUGGCCCUGAAGAGCCUCCCUUCAGGAACACUGCUCAACCUCGCCAGCUUCGGCGCUGACAUCAAGCCACUCUUCCCAUCCAGUCGCCUCUGCAGCAACGAGACCUUGCGGCGUGCCUGCGAGCACCUUGGUGGGCUGCGGGCGGACCCUGGCGGCACCAACCUCCUGGCAGCCCUGGGCUGGGCGCUGGCACAGCCCCUCCACCACGGCUACCCUCGCCAGCUAUUCCUCUUCACCGGUGUGGCAGUGGGCAACGCAAGCAGGAUCCUGCGGCUGGUGCGCAGGCAGGCCAGCACCGUCAGGUGCUUCAGCUUUGGCAUGGGCCCACGGCCGUGCCGGCGGCUGCUGAAGGCCGUGGCCAAGCUGAGCCGGGGCCGUGCCGAGUUCCUGAGUUCGGCCGAGAGGCUGCAGCCCAAGCUGAUCAAGUCCCUGAAGAAGGCGAUCGAGCCAGCCAUCAGCGACAUCACCAUCGACUGGUAUGUCCCUGACAGCAUGGAGGCUCUGCUCUCACCCACCGAGCUCCCGGCCCUCUACCCCGGUGACCGCCUCAUCAGCUACUGUGUCCUCUACAGCAUCGCCCGCUUCGGUGGCAGGCGCCCGCUGGGCCAGGAAGGAGCUCGCCAGAGCUCCCGGGGUUCAGCCUUUCUCUCCCAGCAGGAAGUGCCCAGUCCUGGGGAGAGCCACCAGCCACCCCAGAGCAACCCAGGAACCGGGGAUGCCUCCCUGGAGCUUUUUGCUGGAAGUACAGAGGUGUCAGAGAGGAGUGAGUGGGGUCUAGAGCUGGGGCUGGGGCAGCUGUGGGAGCCAUGGGCUGACAGGGUGUGUGCUCACCGGGCAGGUAUUGAUCCUGUUUCUGGGGGAGACAUCUGGAAGCGGAUUUACCAGCCCUCCUACAUCCAGGAGCAGUAUGUCCUGACACACUGUUCUGUCAGCACUGACCGCAGCCAGGGGCUGCUCUCCCGCAGCUCCACCAGCAGCGAGUCCACUGGCUCCCGGGAUGUGGCCCCCGAGGGUGGCUCCUCGGCCCCUGGUGCUGAUGUCACCUCCCAGCAGGGCCAGAAGAGCCUGUCCCUCUGUGAAUCCUCCACCAAAUCUGCCCCGCUGCCCUCUGCCCCAGCUGGCACCAAGGUCACGGUGGCCCUGAGCACAGAGGAGCUGGCACGGCAGAAGAAGGCACUGGCACGUGCUGCCUUGGCUGGGCGCAGCUUUUCCACGCCACACGGGGAGCUGGAUGCCCAUCGGCUCUGCCAAGCCUUGGAAAAGGUGUCACAGAAGAGGAACCAGUCCUUGGAGGGGCAGCUGGAUGAGCUGGGACCCCAACCACGGCAAAUGCAGCCCAGCGCAGCGGAGUCAAAUAACCUCCUCUCGCCCACCCACCUGGACUGGGACAUGCUGGUGGAGCCCUCCUACCUCUUCAGUGCCUCGCCAGCGCCCGAGCCAGGGCAGCCCAGCCUGGACGAUGCCAGCAUGCCCCUGCGCUGCCAGGUGGUGAUCCAUGCACUGCGAGCAGGCAAGCCGGUGUCCUGGGAAGUGACAGCCUCACUGGAGUCACUGCUGCAGCCCCGGGAGGGGCCGGGCAGGGAGGACCCGCCACGGCGGGUGGCCAAAGCCUGGGACAAGCCGCUGCAUCGCCUGGCAGCGCGUUCCGUCGUCCGGGACAAUGAGAGCGUGGCACAGCGAGAAGCCAAGCUGGAGCAGGGUUUUGCCCGUCGGUUCCGCCUGAAAGCCGUGCAAACCAGCAAAGCCUGCAACGUACCUUCCCUCUACACCCGCCUGGUGCCCGUGGACGGUGCCACACAGGCAGCCCUGCCUGCAGCCCCCGAGGUGUGGGGCAUAGCUGGCUCAGCCAGCCGGACACGAGCCGCUGCAGCAGGGAACUGGCACCACCGGAGCUCCUCAGCGGGUCAGGGACAGCAGCAGGAUGCAGAGGAGCAGGAUGAGGCCCCUGGCGCUGCAGAGCGAGACGAGAUUCCCAGGUCUCCAGGCAGCAUCUCCUCCCCUACCUUUGGCUGGGAAAAGCGGAACUACUCAAAUGGGCCUCCAUCCAGCCCCUCCACCACCUCUAUGGGCUCCCAGAAAUCCACAGAGAGCACUGCAGGCUCCAGGUUUAGCCUGAGCAGGCGCAGGGGUCCCAGCCUGGUGCUGCGCCCGCAGUGCCUCAGCCCAGAAAGCGAGCGCUCCAGCAACCACGCGAGCCAUGACUACCUCCCGCUGGUGCAGCUGCAGCAAGCCCGGGGGCCAUUCCAGCUCACUGAGAGUUUCUCUGAAGUGGUGCAGAUCCCCUUGGACCGCCUGCGCCGGGCCUCCCCCUAUGCCUCCCACCGUGCCAGCCUCAGCCCUGUGUCCCCAGGGGCCAGAAGCAUGCCUGAGGCAGGACCUGGAGCUGAGGAGGCUCAGGAGCCCAUUGCAGCCCUGCAGCCCAGCUCGCCCACAUCCCGGAGCACUUGCUCCGAGGUGCCCAGCGCAGCCGUGUGGGCGCAGGCAGACAGCGGGCACGGCUCCGAGUCCGACACCGGGCCCCACUCUGCUGCCCCCUCUGAGGCUGGUGUGAGCUGUCAGGAUAUGGGGCCAGAGGACCUGGAGAGUGCCAGCUGGGCCACGGCAGUGGCUUUGGCGUGGCUGGAGCAUCGCUGCGCUGGGUUCUUCGAGGAGUGGGAGCUGGUGGCAGCCAAGGCGGAUGCGUGGCUGCAGGCACAGCGCCUGCCCGAGGGGGUGGACGUGGGCUGCCUCAAAGGGGCAGCCAGGCACUUGUUCCUGCUGCUCCGUCACUGGGACGAGAACAUCAAGCUGAACAUGCUGUGCUACGACCCCAACAACGUCUGACGG